GUUCAGGCUCCCUUCCCUCCUGUCCCCUCCUCUCCAGGCCGGUGCUGUGGCCACGUCUGAAAGCCACUCAUUGUGCUAGCUACGCAGCAGAGAAGGCGCCACGGCCCCCGGACAGGGGAGGGCAGGGCAGAGCAGAGCGGUGCAGCCCGGGCUCCGGGCACCGCUAGCUGAAAACAGGCCCCGUGCCACCAUGGCCUGGCUCCGUAUUUCCAGCACCACCAUGGCCGUCCUCUUCAUGGUGCAGAUGGGCCUCCUGCUCUACCUGUACGGUCACCACAACCACUUGCUGCCCUCGCUCAAGGAGAAGCCGGCCCACGUGCACGUGCUGAUCUUGUCCUCCUGGCGCUCGGGCUCCUCCUUUGUGGGCCAGCUCUUCAGCCAGCACCCCGACGUCUUCUACCUGAUGGAGCCAGCCUGGCAUGUGUGGGUGACCCUCUCCCAGAGCAAGGCCGAGGUGCUGCACAUGGCUGUGCGCGACCUGGUGCGCUCCGUCUUCCUCUGUGACAUGAAUGUCUUCAGCGCCUACCUGCCCUGGUACCGAAACCUGUCUGACCUCUUCCAGUGGGCCGUCAGUCGGGCCCUGUGCUCCCCGCCAGCCUGCAGCGCCUUCCGCAGGGAGGACAUCACGAGCGAGGCCGCGUGCAAGAGCCGGUGCGGCCGGCAGCCCUUCGGGGCCGUGGCCCAGGCCUGCCAAUCCUACAGUCACGUGGUGCUCAAGGAGGUGCGCUUCUUCAACCUGCAGGUGCUCUACCCGCUGCUGACUGACCCCUCCCUCAACCUGCACAUCAUUCACCUGGUCCGGGACCCCCGAGCUGUGCUCAAGUCCCGCGAGCAGUCGGCCAAGGCCCUGGCUCGGGAUAAUGGCAUCGUGCUGGGCACCAACGGCACGUGGGUGGAGGCGGACCCCGGGCUCCGGGUGGUGCAGGAGGUGUGCCGCAGCCACGUGCGCAUCACCGAGGUGGCCAUGCAGAAGCCGCCGCCCUUCCUGCAGGGCCGCUAUCGCCUGGUGCGCUUCGAGGACUUGGUUCGCAACCCCAUGGCUGAGAUCCAGGGCAUGUAUGACUUCGCCGGCCUUCGCAUCACUCCCCAGUUGGAGGACUGGAUCUAUAACAUUACGCACGGCCAGGGGCCUGGCCAGCUGAAAGAGGCCUUCAAGAUCACCUCCCGGGAUGCCCUCAACGUCUCCCAGGCCUGGCGCCAUGCGCUCCCCUUCCCAAAGAUCCAUCGGGUACAAGAGUUGUGCGCUGGCGCCCUGCGGGUGCUGGGCUAUCGGCCAGUUGACUCUGAGAAGGAACAGAAGGACCUCACUUUGGAUUUAGUACUGCCCCAGGGAAAGAGCAAGUUCAGCUGGACCUCACUGGCAUCCUCCCACACUCCAGAGGAGUAGGACCCAAAGCCUGUCCUUCCUGGACACCUGGGAAGUGUUUAUUUAUGGACAUUGGAAGAUCGUCAGCUACCCGGAUCCUUCCCCACCUCCUGUAAAUGCAAGGAGGGCUUGUCUCCGAGAGAAAAGCUGGAUAAUCUAGAAAGGGGAGGGAACUUUCUCCACUAGUACUCAGAUUUGCUGAUGCUGGGAACAGUUUUAUGCAGACAAUACCUGACUUUUAUAACUGAAUGGAUUUUUUAAAAAAGUUCCAAAACACCACUGAUUUUUCCCUCUUAUUAUUAAUUUUUCUUUGACUCCUUUUCAGUUGGCCAAACCUUUUAUUUCUCCUCCCCCCCCCCAGUCUCCAUCCUAUUCUCCUGUUUGACACCGGAGUACUAUAUGCCUAUA